AUGAACACGGAUUCAUCACGUCAUAUCUCCUUGGCGGAGCUCAGAAAGCAUGACAGGAAAGACGACUGCUGGAUUGCCGUCCACUCCAAGGUGUGGGAUGUGACAGAGUUCCUGCAUGAGCACUCAGGUGGGCCAGAGAUCAUUCUCCAGAAUGCAGGUACAAACGCCACAGAAGCCUUCGACGAGGUCUACGCCCCGGGAAUCUUCGAGGAGAAUCUGUCUGAGGACAGGUUCAAAAGCUUCCUCGAACCGAGCAGCGACGUGGCCCCGCCCGGAGCUACGAUGGAAGUCGGGGAGGCAAGAAAGCAAAAGCGGUCAGCAUCAGCCGACGAGGUUGCCGGACCACCCCAACUACACGCAUUGAUCAGUGCCGCGCAUUUCGAAACAGUCGCUGGGCAAGAGUUGACGCCGAAGACAUGGGCUUUCUAUUCGUCCACGGCGACCGACCUGAGCACGCACCGACAAAACAAAGCUUUGUUGAGGCGUAUCAUGAUCCAACCUCGGAUACUUCGAGAUGUCAGCAAGGUGGAUUUCAGAAGGAAGAUCCUCGGUCAUGACAGCGCAGCGCCCUUCUUCACCAGCCCAGCCGCAAUGGCCAAGCUUGCACCCCCCGAUGGCGAACUUGCGCUUGCUAGGGCCGCGGGAGCAGAAGACAUAAUUCAAUGCGUCUCCAAUAACGCUUCCUACCCCUUGAGUAGCAUCGUGGAGUCGGUUGACCCUAAACAACCAUUCUUCCUGCAACUCUAUGUAAAUUCCGAACGACAUAAGACGGCCGAUCUCCUACAAAAAGCGAAAGCGUUAGGAAUCAAGGCAAUAUUCGUGACGGUCGAUGCACCGGUUCCAGGCAAACGCGAGGCAGACGAGCGUAUCGCUGCGGUAGACAUACAAUCAGCGAUCAGUGGCGCGGCCUCUUCAAACGACAAGAAAGGAGGUGGACUCGGGCGAUUGAUGGGUCAGUAUAUCGACAAGGCUUUGACGUGGUCGGAUCUAGCUUGGAUUAAGGAGACUUCAGAACUGCCCAUCGUUCUCAAAGGGGUGCAAAGUGUGGCGGACGCGGAGAUGGCGUUGACGUACGACGUGGACGCCAUCUUCCUAAGUAAUCACGGAGGAAGGUCACUAGACACGUAA